UGUUUGGAAACAUCCGCGUGUAGCAUUUUUCAUGUGCUUUGAAUCGUCCGUGGACGCAAGUUACUGGUGUUAGAGGAGAGCUCAGGGCAACGGUAGCAGCCCUUCGCAUGUUAACGAGAGGCAGAUGAGUUGAAGUCCAAAAAGAGAGCGUCAAAGGCCAGUAGAAGACCGCUUGGUUCCGACGUCCACCACCAUGGAGUUCCCGCAACAGCAGAAACCGGCGGGCGACGGCAAGAUCUGCUAUCCUCCCGGAGUCAAAGAGAUAACGGACAAAAUCAGCAACGAUGAGGUGGUCAAACGGUUGAAGAUGGUGGUGAAAACCUACAUGGACAUGGAUCAAGAUUCCGAAGAGGAGAAGCAGCAGUAUCUUGGUCUAGCACUCCACCUUGCCUCAGAGUUCUUCCUCAGGAACCCCAAUAAAGAUGUGCGGCUGCUCGUCGCCUGCUGUCUGGCUGACAUCUUCAGGAUCUAUGCCCCCGAGGCCCCCUACACCUCACAUGACAAACUCAAGGACAUCUUCCUCUUUAUCACCAGACAGUUAAAGGGACUGGAAGACACCAAGAGCCCUCAGUUUAACAGAUAUUUUUAUCUUCUGGAGAAUUUGGCAUGGGUUAAAUCAUAUAACAUAUGCUUUGAACUUGAAGACUGUAAUGAGAUCUUCACCCAGCUUUUCAAAACCCUCUUCUCUGUGAUCAACAACAGCCACAAUCAGAAAGUGCAGAUGCACAUGAUGGACCUGAUGUGUUCUAUCAUCCUGGAGGGAGAUGGAGUCACACAGGAACUGUUGGAUAGCAUCCUUAUUAACCUCAUCCCUGCACACAAGAAUCUAAACAAACAAGCAUAUGAUCUUGCAAAGACUAUCCUGAAGAGAACCGUCCAGACCAUAGAAACGUGCAUUGCAAAUUUCUUUAAUCAGGUUCUCGUGAUGGGUAAAUCCUCUGUCAGUGACCUGUCGGAGCAUGUUUUUGACCUCAUCCAAGAGCUCUUUGCAAUUGAUCCUUUGCUGCUUACCUCUGUUAUGCCACAGCUGGAAUUCAAACUCAAGAGCAAUGACGGAGAAGAGCGUUUGGCUGUUGUACGCUUGCUAGCUAAAUUGUUUGGGGCCAAAGACUCCGAACUGGCCUCACAUAACAGACCUCUGUGGCAGUGCUUCUUAGGCCGGUUCAAUGACAUCCAUGUCCCGGUGAGGUUGGAGUGUGUGAAGUUUGCCAGCCACUGUCUCAUGAACCACCCAGACCUGGCCAGAGAUCUCACAGAGUUCUUGAAAGUGCGUUCCCAUGACCCCGAGGAGGCCAUUCGUCAUGAUGUCAUAGUCACCAUCAUCAAUGCUGGGAAGAAGGAUCUUAAUUUGGUCAAUGACCAGCUAUUGGGCUUCGUAAGAGAGAGGACGCUGGACAAGAGGUGGCGAGUGCGCAAGGAGGCGAUGAUGGGCCUGGCUCAGCUUUAUAAAAAAUACUGUUUACACCACGAGGCGGGGAAGGAGUCUGCCCUGAUGAUCAGCUGGAUCAAAGACAAGCUGUUGCACAUCUAUUACCAGAACAGCAUCGAUGAUAAGUUAUUAGUUGAAAAGAUCUUUGCCCAGUUCAUGGUCCCCCACAGCCUUGAAACAGAAGAGAAGAUGAAAUGUCUCUAUUACCUGUAUGCCUGCCUGGACACCAACGCUGUCAAGGCUUUGAAUGAGAUGUGGAAGUGUCAGAAUAUGCUGAGGGGCUUGGUUAAAGAGCUGCUUGACCUUCACAAACUGCCUGUGUCUGAAACCAAUAGCAGUGCCAUGUUUGGGAAGCUGAUGAAUAUUGCAAAGAACCUGCCAGAUGCGGGGAAAGCUCAAGAUUUUAUGAAAAAGUUCAAUCAGGUUCUUGGUGACGAUGAGAAGCUCAGAGCUCAACUUGAGAUCCUCAUCAGUCCGACUUGCUCUUGCAAACAGGCGGAGAUUUGUGUGAGGGAGAUCACUCGGAAGUUAACGUUUCCCAAACAACCGACCAAUCCUUUCUUGGAGAUGGUUAAGUUCCUGCUCGAACGCAUUGCCCCAGUCCACAUCGACUCAGAGGCCAUCAGUGCUUUGGUAAAACUGCUCAACAAGUCAAUUGAAGGCACAGCAGAUGAUGAUGAAGAGGGUGUUACCCCUGAUACAGCCAUCCGCUCAGGCUUAGAGCUACUCAAGGUUCUGUCAUUCACCCACCCCACAGCAUUCCACUCAUCGGAGACCUAUGAGUCUCUUCUCCAGUGUCUGAAAAUGGAAGAUGACAAGGUGGCUGAGGCAGCGAUCCAGAUAUUCAGAAAUACCGGACAGAAAAUUGAGACAGAACUACCACAGAUAAGAUCGACCCUAAUUCCCAUUCUACAUCAGAAAGCUAAGAGGGGGACACCUCAUCAGGCCAAGCAGGCCGUCCACUGUAUACAUGCCAUCUUCAACAACAAGGAAGUGCAGUUGGCUCAAAUUUUUGAGCCUCUCUCGCGGAGUCUAAACGCAGACGUUCCUGAGCAGCUCAUCACACCGCUUGUGUCACUAGGCCACAUCUCCAUGUUGGCACCAGAUCAGUUUGCUUCACCAAUGAAGUCCAUAGUGGCUAACUUCAUCGUCAAAGACCUCCUCAUGAAUGACAGGUCAGUGGGAAACAAGAAUGGUAAGCUGUGGACCACUGAUGAAGAAGUUUCACCGGAAGUUCUGGCUAAGGUCCAGGCCAUCAAGCUGCUAGUACGUUGGUUACUAGGAAUGAAGAACAACCAGUCCAAAUCAGCAAACUCCACGUUACGCUUGCUGUCAGCAAUGCUGGUUAGCGAGGGAGACUUAACAGAGCAAAAAAAGAUCAGCAAAUCAGACAUGUCUCGUCUAAGGCUGGCUGCAGGUGGCGCCAUUAUGAAGCUAGCCCAGGAGCCCUGUUACCAUGAAAUCAUCACGCCUGAACAGUUCCAGCUGUGUGGCCUUGUUAUCAAUGAUGAGUGCUACCAGGUGCGUCAGAUCUUUGCUCAGAAGUUGCACUUGGCUCUAGCUAAACUCUCCCUGCCACUGGAGUACCUGGCUGUCUUCGCCCUGUGUGCCAAAGACCCGGUGAAGGAGCGCCGCGCCCACGCCCGACAGUGCCUACUCAAGAACAUCUCAGUGCGCAGAGAGUACAUUAAGCAGAACUCACUCACUCAGGAAAAAAUGGUCUCCUUCCUUCCAGAGUAUGUUGUUCCUUUCAUGAUCCACCUGCUGGCUCAUGACCCAGACUUCACGAAACCGCAGGAAUAUGACCAGCUCAAAGACAUUAAAGAGUGUCUGUGGUUCAUGCUGGAGGUGCUGAUGACCAAGAACGAGAAUAAUAGUCACGCCUUCCUGAGGAAAAUGGUGGAGAACAUCAAACGGACCAAAGAUGCGCAAUGUCCUGAAGACACGAAAGCCAACGAGAAGCUGUAUAUCGUGUGUGACGUCGCUCUCUUUGUCAUCGCUAACAAGAGCACCGCGUGUCACCUGGACUGUCCAAGCGACCCCAUUAUAUGCCCCACAUUCUUCCUAGCGCUAGACAAGGAUUUCAAAAAUGACAAAGACUAUUUGUCAGGAGAAAUGCGACAAAUGCUGCUUACAGGAAAGCCUAAACAAGCUCCGGUGUUGGUGACUGUCAACAAAACUCUAACUGUACCGGGCAGGAAGAUCUUUAAGACCCAGGUAGUCUCCGAUACAAGUAAUACCAGCACCAACUCCUCGCCGCUUAACUCCUCCACUGUCAACAAGAACAGUAAAAGCAUCACAGCCACAGAGCCUCCAGAAAGUCAAACGCAAGAAAACAAUGAGAACCCAGUCAUCAAGGAAGACAUAAAGAAGAUCGAGGUGAGUAAGAACAUGGCUGCCGAUGCUGGAACAGAUGCGCAACCAGCGAAACGGCGUGGCCGGCCACCCAAAGCGGCUGUCGCCACUUCUCCUGCAGCGGCAAGCAAAGAGAUGGCAUCGGCAGGCGGCGGGGCCACAAGAGGCAAGAAGAGGGGAGCGGAGCCCAACUCCAACCCAGCAGAGUCCAUCAAGGUGUCAAAGCAACAGAAUGACGACGGGACAAAUCGACAGAUGGAUCUGCAGAGGUAAAGGAGUGGAGCCCCAACUGUUGGAGGACCUGAUUUUUUUUCAAAGCCUCCCAGGCCAUCAUACAUGUUCCUUUUGCUGACUUCCUGGAUGUUUAUGGACCUUUUUUUUUUUUUUUUUAAAUCCGUCGCACAGAUCUACAUUUUAUCCACACGUGGACUAUCAUGACAUCCUAGAAGGUUCUAAACACGCUGUAGUUAUCAUUUGAAGCUCAUUGUAUGUAGGUCUUAAACUUGCCCAUGUUUUCCCCCUUUUGUUUUUUCUUUGUUUUGUCACGCUACGCUGCGCUUCUUUUGUGGAGACAUUUUUAUGGGGAAAAAAAUCAUGGACAUUUUACAGAAAUUUUAAUCCGGUAAGACUCUUGCUUAUUAAAUUCGCUGGUAAAAAUCCUCCCAUGUGACUCUUGGCUUCUUCCUCAAUAUUCUGUAUCCAGUGGUACCACGACUUACGAAUGACCCAACAUUUGAUUUUGUGGGGAGAUUUGGUGACCAGUUUGGUAGACAAUAAACAAUUCAAGAAAGAAGCUUCAAGCUUUUUAAAGCCACUUCUAGUUAAAUUUACUCUCAGGCUAAACCCCCCAAGUUCCCCUCAAAAAAUUAUUUGUCAAUUUAAUAACCACAUCCCUUUGAAGGUCUCCUCGCUUAAUGGUAACGCACCAUGCAGAAUGCCAUAGAACAGCUAAUAAACAGCAUCAGUGGUGGUCUUGCAACGCUUUAAGAAACAGAUAUUGUAGCACAAAUGGUGCAACAACAAAGACAAUGUCACUACUCAGAUGGAUAUUUAUUAUUAUUAUUGUUAUUAUUAUUAUUAUUAUUGCAGUGUACUGAUUCAGUUGUGAAACGUUUGCGUCUCCAUUAAACUCCCCUUGGUGGCCAAAGCAUGCACUCUAUAAAGGAGCAAAAUUUGGGUCUAGAAUGGAAUAUUUGCAUUUCCAUUCAUUUCAACAGAGAGACGAUUUGAGAAGUGUUUUGAGUUACUAGAGUGGUCAAUCGUAAGUCAGGGCACCAUUGUACUGAACAUUAUGCUCUCCCCAAUUCCUAGCGCAAACAAACGUGUACUUUGUAAAUACUAAUGAACAGCUUUAAAUAUCAGUACAAGACACUGCAUGGAACGUUGGAUUUUUUGAACUAAUGUUUAGGUGACUCUUUAAUGGCUUGGACUUCUUUGUUACAAGGCUCAUCUUUUUCUGAUGGACCAAAUGAAAUGGCGAUUAUGUAGUGUAACCUGCUCCACCAAGCCUGGUCAGGAACUUUUGCAUAGUUUCAUUUGAGUUGAAUUCUUUUGUUUGUCCAAGUAUGUGACUUUACUUCACCCUGGAGUGCAUAAAUGGUAAAUACUACCAUGAAAUUAUUUUUCUGUCUUUUUCCUGUUUUAUAAUUAAAUGUAGUUUAUA